AUGACAAAGCAAGAGAGGAAUAAUAAAACAGUUGUUACAGAGUUCAUCCUCUUGGGAUUUGGGAAUGGCCCUGAGCUGGAUUCUCUUCUCUUCCUGAUGUUUCUGUCAAUCUACAUUGCGACCAUAACUGGAAACCUCUUCAUCAUUGUGCUGAUAUUGGCUAAUCAGCAACUUCACACCCCAAUGUACUUCUUCCUGGGCAAUUUGGCCUGCUUGGAAAUCUGCUACAGCUCAAACAUCUUGCCGAGGAUGCUGCUUAGCUACCUGGUUGGAGACAGAAGUAUUUCGGUCAACAGAUGUUUUACACAGUACUAUUUCUUUGGUUGCUUGGCAGCUGCAGAGUGCUAUCUCCUCGCAGUGAUGUCCUACGACAGGUACCUAGCGGUGUGCAAACCCCUGCACUACCCGUCCCGAAUGAACAGCAAGCUCUGUCUCCAGCUGACUGUUGCAUCUUGGAUAAGUGGCUUUCUAUCUAACUCUAUACUAACAUUCCUGAUCUCAACCUUAGAUUUUUGCGGGCCUAAUGAAAUUGAACAUUUUUUCUGUGACUCAUUCCCAAUGAUAAAACUCUCCUGUAGUGGUACUCAUGUGGCAGGACUUGUCACUUCUGUUGUGGCAGGUGUGUGCUCACUGCCUCCAUUUCUGUUGACCUUCUCAUCCUAUCUCUGCAUCAUUAUCACGGUCAUGGGAAUUCCAAAAAAGGCCUUUUCCACUUGCUCCUCACAUCUUAUUGUGGUGAUACUUUUUUACUGGUCAAUAUUAACUGUCUAUGUACUUCCUCAUCGCGAUACCCAAAUGUCUCCAAACAAAGUCUUCUCUGUUUUUUAUACCAUUCUUACUCCCUUGGUCAAUCCUCUCAUCUACAGUCUGAGAAAUAAAGAAGUAAGGGAAGCUCUGCAAAAACAGACAA